ACCAAAACCGCAUGGCUUUUCCGCUCCUGUCGCCGAAGAAACGAACAGAAACAAAACCAGAGGCUCCCCAACGCUCUCGCUGCUCCGCUCUCCCUCCAACGGCGCUGGCGCUUCCCGCCUCCUCCCCCAACUCCCCCCUAUUCUUGGAAACGAAUCGCUCCGAGAAAAAUAACCGAACUUCUGAUCCUCUCUGGGGCUUCCGUCACCCGCCCGAACCUCCGCCCUCCUCCUCCUCCUCCCGCCCGCCCCCAUCGUUAUGGCAUGAAUUCCUAAACUCUACCGCCUCUGCUCCGGAGAUGGCUCGCUAUCUUCCGGUGCUCCUUGCCGUAGCUCUAGGGCUCGUCUUCUCGGCCUUGGCCGAAACCGACCAAGAUGAUGUUUCAGCACUUAAUGUUCUAUUCCUAAGCUUAAAUUCCCCCCCGCAGUUGACUGGUUGGAGUUCAAGUGGUGGUGACCCCUGUGGGGAAGACUGGAAAGGAGUCAAGUGCUCAGACUUAUCUGUGACAGAAAUCUCCCUGGCAGAUCUUGGUUUGACUGGCUCAUUGGGUUAUCAACUGUCAAGCUUGACCUCAAUAACUUACUUUGAUAUGAGCAAGAACAACCUUAGAGGCAAUAUCCCAUACCAACUUCCACCCAAGGUAGAACACCUAAAUCUUGCUGAGAAUGCAUUUACUGGAGGAAUUCCUUAUUCAAUUUCUCAAAUGACUGAUCUUAAAUAUCUAAAUCUUGGCAAAAACCAGCUGAAUGGGCAGUUGAAUGAUAUCUUUGGAAAGCUUACAAGACUCUCAGAGAUGUAUCUCUCAUUCAACCAGCUCUCUGGUAAUCUACCUCACAGUUCGCAAUCCCUAAAAAGUCUCAAAGUUUUGCACUUACAGAACAAUCAGUUCAGUGGUUCGAUUAAUGUUCUUGCUAAUCUUCCUCUUGAGGAUCUGAAUGUUGAAAACAACCAGUUCAGUGGCUGGAUUCCGAAAAAAUUAAAAAAUAUAGAUACACUUCAGAUUGGUGGAAAUUCUUGGUCAUCUGGACCAGCACCUCCGGGUAUGGAUAAGGCUUCUAAUACUGAUUCUCAUACUGGUAAAAAAGGGGGCAAGCAGUCAGUUGUGAAUGAGGCAGUCAUUGCUGGAAUAGUGAUUGCUGUUUUGGCUGUUGCUUUGAUUUUAUUGGCUCUAAUUAAGCGAAGAUCUUCACCAUCAUCCCAUUAUAUUGAUGAUCAAUCAAGCCAGAACAAAUCAUUGACACCUCUAGUUUCACAUGAGUUAGGGCUUAAGGAUUCUUCUUUGAUAGACAUAAAGGCAUUGCAGACACCUCCUUCCAUGGGCCUUAAACCCCCACCGGUGCCUCACAUAUUAUUUAGUGAUACUGAGUUUGUGAAUAAAUUAAGUCCCAAACCAAGCACGAAGCCUGUUAGUGUCACAGCUUAUUCAUUGGUAGAUCUGCAAGCUGCUACUGGGAGCUUUAGUACAAGCUGCCUUCUUGGACAGGGAACCAUUGGGAAUGUUUACAAGGCAAAAUAUGCUGAUGGAAAGGUUCUGGCUGUGAAGAAGAUAGAUGUAAUAAAUCUCUCUGGAGGCACUUCUUAUGACUUCCUAGAAUUGGUUUCUGGCAUUUCCAAGCUGCACCAUCCGAACAUUGCUGAACUUUUGGGUUAUUGCUCAGAGCCUCAGUAUCAUCUACUAAUCUAUGAGUUCCAAAUGAAUGGGUCUCUUCAUGAUUUUCUACAUCUGUCAGAUGAAUACAGCAAACCAUUAACCUGGGAUACGCGAGUUAGGAUUGCUCUUGGGACAGCUUGUGCUGUCGAGUACCUGCAUGACCUCUGUUCUCCAUCUGUCAUUCAUAAAAACAUCAAGGCUGCCAACAUCUUGCUUGAUGCUGAGCUCAAUCCCCACCUGUCUGACUGUGGCCUGGCUGUCUUUUAUCAGGAUACAAGUGAGAACUUAGGGGCUGGAUACAAUGCUCCUGAAUGCACAAAACCAUCUGCCUAUACAAUGAAAAGUGAUAUCUACAGCUUCGGGGUGGUUAUGCUAGAGCUGUUGACAGGUCGCAAGCCUUUUGACAGUUCUAAGCCAAUAAUGGAACAAUCCUUGGUUCGUUGGGCAGCACCGCAACUCCAUGACAUCAAUGCUCUGAGACAAAUGGUAGACCCUUCCCUCCGUGGGCUCUACCCCCCAAAGUCAUUAUCUCGAUUUGCUGAUGUUAUUGCACUUUGUAUCCAGUCCGAACCUGAGUUCCGUCCUCCCAUGUCUGAAGUGGUGCAAUCCCUGGAUCAAUGUGUUCAGCGAACAGGCAUCGACAAGAAAUCAGGCCGGAGCACUUCCUGUCGCAGUGAUGACUCUGAAAGCUCCUACUAUUGAGGCAAUCGAUCUACUUAUGUUUAUCAUGACUUCAAGGAAACAAUUCUGUUUUCCUUCUUUCCUCAGAGACUGCAAAAUUCCUGAUACCAGCCAAAGUUGCUACAAUCAAGAAUUUAGCGACCCGAUCAAUUGUCAUAACAAAGUAUAAGUUGUACUCAGAGAGCUUUUAUAAAGUCCACUCGUGUCGCAUUGUCAAAUUCUGCAGAAGACUAAUUAUCAAAUGCAAGUGCAUCCAAUAUUCCAGUGA